GGGUGUGGUAUAUAAGUGAGCGGACUACUACCACUCUGACAUAGUUCACUAGUCUCCACGUGCCCCGGCGCCGCACGUCAUAUCAAACAAACAACAAUGAAGCUUCUGGUGGCUUGUGCAGUGUUGUCUCUGGCGACCGCUCUCCCACAAAGGAGAGUGUCGUUGAAGCCUGAGCAACCACUGCCAUUGGACGACCAGCAACAAGCAGAGCAAAAUUACAACGCAUAUCAACAACAACCACAGGCUCAGCCUGAUUAUAGGCAACAACAGGAUUACAGGCAACAACAGCAACAACAAGAGUAUAGACAGAAACCCAUCGAAGACUUCAGACCUAAAGUAGAGUUGGAGUCCACCACCUUCAUACCCAUCAUCCGUUUUGAUAAGGAACAAGGCACAGAUGGAAGCUACAAAACAGCGUACGAGACCGGUAACAAUAUCCAAGCAGAAGAACAAGGAUUUCUGAAGUCAGUUGGUGAAAAUCAGGAUGCCCUUGUUCAGCAAGGAACUUACACAUAUACAGCUCCAGACGGCCAAGUUAUUACCGUUGAAUACACAGCUGAUGAGUUCGGCUUCAGAGUCAAAGGAGACCAUAUUCCCACUCCACCCCCUGUCUCUGCCGAAAUUCAAAAAGGUUUAGACCUUAUCUACGCUGGGAUUAAAGCCAACCAGGAACGUGCUGCUUUAGAGGCCAAGAACAACCCAGAGGCUGCCAGGCAGCAAGAAGAAAAAGCGGCGCUCGACUAUAAAGGACACUAUUACCAACAAUAGGUAGUAAUCUGAAACUUAGGUUUAUGCUUACUGAUACACUCAAGUUCGAAUUGGGACCAUCUAUUGUUGCCAUCAAUAAGUUAAUUAAAUAAAUCACACAAUCAGAUACGGUUAGUACUCGCGUAAUUAUAACUUACAUGGUCAAUGUUGAAGAUUGAUGUAAAGUAUUUUUAGUACUAAAUUCAUUACUGACGUCUAAAUUUUUGUUAUUACAAAUUUUAUUUACAAUUUGUUUAUAUCGCGUCCAGAUAAGACAUUAAGAAUUAGGGUGUGUUUGUAAUUCACUAAUGAUUAAUUCUAGCUAACUAAUUAUUGGUGAACAAAUCAAUCAUCAAUAUUGAAUAUUUAUUACAAAUACAUCUUUGAUGUAGGGUCAAUAUUAGCAAGUAUAGAAUCUUUUUAUUCUUUAUUAGCGAGUGAGUCUAUAACAAAAAAAUUCUAAAUUUGUUUAAUUUAUAUCUUUACAAUUGGUUAUACUUUAAGUUAAAGUACUGCUUUUCUAAUUUAUGUAUUACAAUUUUGAUCAAAACCAAUUGUAAUUAGAUAUUCAGUACCUAUUAUUGAGGAUGUUGAAAAAUAUUGAAAAGUUGGUAUAGGCUUUAAUUUUGUUAUAAAUGGAUUUUAUAUCAAGAAAGUUAUUUGCGGACGUCGGUAAUAAAUAUUCAAGAAUUAUUAUUACAUAAAUUACUUAAAGGUUUAUGUCUUGAGGAUUGCCUGUUGGUAAUAUUUCAAUACUCAAAAUAUUUUACUAAGUACCAUGGAACACAGAAACGUCUCUUAAUGUAAAAGAAGAUAACAAAAUCUGAUAAUAUAGUCUACUCAAUAUCAUCAAUACCUAAGUCAGUGCAUGUUUAAUUGUAAAAUGUGAUAAUAUUAGAAUACUUAAACUAGUGUUAAGUGAGGUUGUUAAACUCUUCCUACUUUUAUACUUUUGUAUAUACCUUGUUAAUUUAUCUUUAUUCUAUGUAUGAAUAAAUGUGUUUGUACUUGUUA